CCACUCACUCACUCACUCAGUGUGUAUUGUUGAAAACGGGAGCGUCGCUCUGCAUUCCGCAGCAUUUCUCUGUCCCAUCUCUCACAAACUUGUCAGCAAACUUUUUGGGGAUUGUUUGAUUUUAUGAGUGGAGGAUAGCGAGGGGCAAGAAGGUGAAACAGCGAGGGAAUGGAGAAGCACAAAGUGCUGGACCAGCUCCUGAUGGAGCUCCACCGCUUCCUGCUCAUCCUGGACAAGGAGACCCUGAGUGGGAACGCCACCAUCCAGAAGGGCUUGCUGUCCGAUCUCCUCCAGUCCUACAGAAGCUCCAAUGGUGCUGAUGAGGAGUAUAUCUACAUGAACAAAGUCAAUGUUACUGGGAAGGAAAAAGGAAGAAAAGAUGACAGAUCAGAUGCCCUGGUCAACGGAAAAGCAACAAAAUAUGUUCCCGUCCCACAGAAGAGCCUCCCCGACCUGCCGCCCCCCAGAGCAGGUGUGGUAGGUCGGGAGCCGUUCCCAUUACCUGCUGUCCCUGCUCCAGCCUGUAUAGACACUUCAGAGAGUUACUACGAGGAGGCUCAGCCGUAUGAGGAAACUUUCAAUGAUCUGGACUGUUUUGGCCUCCUCUCAGGGCCCUGGAUGCGAGUGCAGAGCUCUGACAGUGUGGUCUAUGCUGUUAUCAACAGGGACGAUGGGGAGGCAGUCAGCAGCUCGUACGAGUCCUACGAUGAGGAGGAAGUGACCAGAGGAAACCCACCGUCAGCGCAGCACCAGUGGCCGUCAGCGGAGGCGUCCAUCGAGCUCAUGAAGGACGCUCGGAUCUGUGCCUUCCUGUGGAGGAAGAAGUGGCUCGGUCAGUGGGCCAAACAGCUGUGUGUCAUCAAAGACCAUCGCCUGCUGUGCUAUAAGAGCUCCAAGGAGCAGACGCCACUGCUGGAUGUGAGUCUGCUGGGCUGCAGUGUGGUCUACAAGGAGAAGCAGCUGAAGAGGAAAGAGCACAAACUGAAGGUCAUUCCAGUAGGAGGGGAGGCCAUCGUGUUGGGCCUACAGAGCAAGGAGCAGACAGAGCAAUGGCUGAGGGUGAUUCAGGAGAUCAGUCCCAAGCUGACUGAAAACUGUGACUCCCACCACUCUGUGUCCGACUCUCCAAGGCUCAUUUGUACAAAGGGAGAGCUGAGUGACAGACACUCAGGGGCUUCAGAGAGCGGCAGCAGCACUGACAGCCAUGCUGAGACCCAUGAAAACAAAGAUGUGAAGAAAAAAAGCAGCGCAGGUUUGAAGUUCAGCAACCUCAUGAACAUCGGCAAGAAAAAGACCUCGUCGUUGGAGAGCCCAGAGAAAAGUGUGGACACCUCAGGCUAUCUGAACGUGUUGGUGAACAGCCAGUGGCGGACCUGCUGGUGUCUUAUAAAGAAUGGGCAGCUCUGGUUUUACCAGGACAAGGGCAAGAACAAAGUGAGCCAGCCAGCCGUGACCCUGGGGGGCUGCAGUGUUUUGCCCGACCCCAGCCCCGAGCACCUGUACUCCUUUAGGAUCCACAUGGACGGCACACAGCUGGCAACCCUAGAGGCUAAGACGUCUGCAGACAUGGGCCACUGGCUGGGUCUGCUGCUGUCACAGACGGGGAACAAGACAGACCCCGAGGAGCUGACGUACGACUAUGUCAACGCUGAAAGGAUCUCCAGCAUCGUCAAUGCUGCCAAGACUUCCUUAUACUUGAUGCAGAGGAGGUACUCCGAGCCAAACACCUACAUAGACACCCCACCCUCCAUCAGUCACAACUCUGAAGAACUGUAUGAUGAUGUGGCGUCUAUAGCUGAUCCAGAGGAUGCUGAAGAGAGCGGCCUGCCAGACAGUGAGGACAACAAUCCUCAGGAAGAUGAUGAAACAUGUGUAGAGGACACCAAGGACUCAGUGGAAACAGAACAGGACACUGAGGACAGGGUUUACCUGGACCUGGUCCCUGUACGCUCCUUCCUCCAUACAUCUUGUGGGGCUAAAUCCCCCUCUGCCAAAGACACUUCUUCCCCAGUGCCAGCAGAGGACCAGAUGGACUCUUCAUCUCAAAUUAAAGAGGUCAUUUCAACCAGCCGUACUGAGCCAGAUUCAACACCUGUGUUAAAUGGAACGAGUUCGACCUCUGUAACCAGCAAACCAGAACAAGAGCGAACCCCGACCCCGACCCCGACCCCAACUCCACGGCAGCCACAACCAGUCAAGACCUCAUCCCAAAGCCAGGAGACCCCCAAGAGGACCAGUGUGGGGAUCCCACAGGCCUUCGCCUCCCCCGGGGUGCAGGUGCAUAAAGGCCCGACGGUUUCUGCUGGGGUCCCUCACAGUCAACUGCCCCUGCGGCCCAAGGCACAUACCAUAGGGUCUCUUGGUUCAGUCGAAGGGAAACUGGGCAAGAACCGCACAGAGGCAGACAUGCUCCGCUACAUCGAUGAACGGGACUGUCUGGAGAGAGAGAGGGAGGAGGUGAGGAGCCGACUGGCCAACCUGAAGAAGGAGAGGAGGGAAACCAAAGAGGAGCUCAGCGCCUGCCAAGAUCCUAAGCAGCAGGCCUCAUUUGAAGCCCGUUUGAAGAUGAAGGAGGAGGCGUGUCGAGAGGCGGAGCGGAGCAGGGUGGAGGUGGAGCUACGACUGAUGGAAGUGAAGGAAAGUCUGAAGAAGGUGGAGGCAGGGCCUUUCACACUGGGAACCACACUGGACACCAGCCUCCAGGACACACCCACGCCUAAAGCAGCAACCCUGCCUGUUACACAGACAUCAACAACAUCAUCAUCAUCAAUGACAUCUUCGUCCCAACCCUGCAACAGCAGCGUCAGUGCAGACCCAGGCUCCCCGGUCAACUCUGCCUCUGCACUGAGAAACAGACCGGUCUCCAUCAUGGCCACCAAAGGAAAAGUCCUGCAGAAAGCUAAGGAAUGGGAGAAGAAAUCCACCACCUAGAAGGAAGCCUGAAUGCCCUUUGACCUCUCAAAUCCACAAGUUUCUCUUGGUCUGUUCUGCUGUCCACAACAGGAACCCCCAUGUUGCCAGAUCAAGUCAAAACAACAUCCUCCCUUCUCUCUCUGGACCCCUCAACCUCACUUCUUGCCAAGACUAUAAAGAGCCAAUCAGAGAGAUGCACUAGCUGUCUACUCAAACACCACUGGAUAAUCUCAGUUUCAAUGACUUUUGAAGUUGUUUUUCUCCAUUUUCUAAAGGGAGGACAUUGAUGUAGUAGUAUUUUGGCCAGUCUAACAAUUGUUCUUAAUGAUGAUGCACAAAUGGGAUGUUUCGACAUUGAAAACAGCCAAACAUUUGAAACCACUGAGACAAAAAGACGCCCUUCUACUAAAUUGGCCAAACUCUUGUACACUCUAGAUUGUAGCUUGGUUCAUAUAUGCUGGUAGCCAAGAUGUAAAUAUAUUUACACCAUUAUUCAGCCUCAUUUGGCUUGUAUUGCUAGCUAAAAUUGCACUUUUUAUUCAAAUAAAAAUAUACUGACAAGAA